CUGGGAUGCCACAUGUUGGCGGCCAGGUGGGAGGGCCAGUUUAUAGUAGGCGUGAACCCGGUCCAGAAGAUUCUGUCAUUUAGUAUAUUCCAAUUUGAACCGAACUUCUCGCCGGAAGCAACCAAAUGUUUGCAUCAUGCGAAGCUCACUAAAGACCUUGCUAACGAUAUCAUACAGAACAUGGAGCAGUUUGAGGUAUCCAGGCAACUGAGAUGUGAUGUUAACCUAACAAAAGUUAAACAGUUGUACUUGUACAGACCAAGCGCAGUUUCGGACAUAGGUUGUUUGGUUUUGGAAACCACCGAAAAGCCAACUUUCUUUCAGAAAUGGCUUCAUACAAGUGCUGAAGAUAAAAACAAGUGGCACAAGCGGAAAGACUUCUUUUCCAAAUAUAAAACCGUCGGCAACGAUUUAAUAUGUAUAGGAGGUCUAAUGUCUGAGUUGAAUGAACUUGCCGCUUUGCUUCUCGCCAGUGAUCACGACAUGGAGGCGCUGUAUGAAUCAGGCUUACAUCAGACGUUCAGGUUUGACUAUAACACGCAGUGGACAGUGAUUCCAUCGGCAAAUGAAUCUCAAAAUGGAGAUGUGGUUUCCAAACGCAUUGGAGUCAGAAAAAACACUCGAAACCUCGGAAGUAACGUUCAAAAGCUACGAAAAGAGAUUGUGGCGGUGUUGGUCAACCAUAACAUCGCUGCUGUAGAACAUUCCGACUAUGACACGCACAGCAAGGACGUCAUUGGUGAUAAGGACUGUUUGAAUAAUGAGAUCUCAUUGGGUAUCCGCGUGGACGACGGUGUAUGUCCGUGUCUUCAGGACUUCGUAAACUUCUCGUGUGACAGUGCAAUCGAACUUAACGCCACUCUUGAAAAAGAGCUCCAGCCGAGAGCUUUUGGUUUCUACGAGAAGGAUUUUGACAUGUCAAGAGUGCCUGGCGCAGAUAUAGAUAGGUUGAAAAUAGGGGAAUUGAUAUCUAACAGCACCAGAGGCAAGUAAAGCUCAUCAUAGCUUAGGGCACUCAACAACCACAGCGCAAAAGAAUGCCAAACAUUAAUAGGAAUUUCGUGUUAGGCAUGGGACUCUUUAUUUUUGGUUCCUACCAGCUUCGUAAACGCUGGUCCAGUACCUGGAUGGACAACAUGGAAAUUGAAGUGAGCAGUUACACACAGAGGCAGAAGCUCUUGAAGGAUAAAAAUACAGAAGAACUGGCAGAUUAACUUCUCAUCUUUCCUCUCCUGUGUGUGUUAAUGAAUUAUUGAUAAAAUUUAGUCACUUGCAUACUAAGGCAUGCUUGUUUAUGUAAUAGAAUGAGGAAAACUAAACAAAAAAGAAAAACUUGAUUAGGACUAACAUUCAUCAUACAAAUGAUACAAUUUUGAAACUGUUUUCUGCAUUUUAAAAUUGUGCUUUUCAGAACAUGGUAUUUUAAUUUUGAUAAGCUUAAUUACAUGUAAUUGUUACUUAAGUUAACUUAAAAAUUAUGAUGUAACAUGUAUAUUGCCAUUUUUUUCUUAUAACUCCUGAUAUGAUGAAAAAGGUAUAAUGAAAACUGUGGAAUUAAUUGUGUAAACAAGCGGGAUUUCAAAAUUUUCUCAUAUUCAAGGGGAAGUCAUUCUGGACUUAUUGCUUCGAUAUUGCUCUUUUUAAACAAGAGCUGUCAGAGGACAGCGCGCUCAACUAUUGGAGUGCUUGACAGUAUAAC